AGUGCCGGUGAUUUCGGGGGUGGAUUUUUUUUUUUUUUUUUUUUUAUUACCGCGGUUUUUUUUCGCUUUUUCCUUUUUUAAUAUCGUCCCGUCCGCGUUCGAAUCAUGGCGUUGACGUUCGCCGCGGUACUCAUGAGUUCGGUGUUGCUGGUGAUGUCGGCGUCGCUAAGCAAAACGCUCCGGCACAAGCCGCCGAACGAGUGCGAGUGGCUGGCCGUGACGGCGUACGGCGACGAGACGAUCGUCUCGCAAACCGUGUCCGACGAACAGGAAGUGGCCCUGCACUGCAAAGUGCGAACAAUGAACUCGGAACUGGAGAAGACCAACUUCAGUAUUAUACAGCCACAGUACACGGUCAAGCUGCGGAUCGAGUGCAACAACCAGCUGUACCUGCUCAGCUCGCUGGGCGUGGGCACGUUCCAGACGCUCAUCGAUCUCAAAGAACUGACCAUCGAUUCGUGCAAGCUCAACGGCCUAGCGCGCGAGUCGUUCCGCGGGCUCCGGCAGUUGCGCAACCUGACCGUGGUCACGCACAACACCGACUGGACGGCGUCCGUCAACAUGGAAGUGCAGUCCGACACGUUCCUCGAGGAGCUGAACAUGCUCGAACGGCUCGACUUGAGCCACAACAACAUGGUCAAACUGCCGGAGGGCGUGUUCUGCUCGUUACAGAAUCUCGUCUAUCUGAACCUGACGCGCAACAAGCUCCGGCACCUCGAGCUGUUCCAUUUCGGCUCGUCCGGACAGCACAAGUGCGGCGCCAACCUCCAGACGCUCGACUUGUCCCACAACAAUUUCGAUUCGGUCAACUCGCAAGUGUUCGCGCAUCUGUCCGACUUGCAGGAGCUGUACCUACAGGGCAACGCGAUAUCCGUGAUCGGCGAUCACGGUUUCGACGGCCUGACGGCGCUGUCCGUGUUGAACGUCGCCUCCAAUCGGCUGGUCAACCUGGCGCCCGAGCUGUUCGCGGACGCGCGUGAACUCCGCGAGAUGUACCUGCAAAACAACACCAUCAACGUGCUGGCGCCCGGGCUUUUCAACGAACUGUCCCGGUUGCUGAUGCUGGACCUGUCGGAAAACCAACUGACCGAAGAAUGGGUGAACGCGGCCACGUUUAACGGGCUCGUGCACCUCGUAUUCCUCAGCCUGUCCAACAACAACAUCACCAAACUGGACACGAUGAUAUUCCGCGAUUUGUACCGGCUCCGGUCGUUGCGGCUGGAUAAUAACGGCGUGCAGUACUUGCCGGAGAACGUGUUCUCGUCGUUGGUCGACAUGCGAACGCUGGUGCUGUCCAGCAACAAAUUGACUAGGAUCGAUCAGUUCACGUUCGACGGUCUGCCCUCGCUAAACCAACUGUCGCUCGACAACAAUCAGAUACAGUACAUCGAUCCAGAGGCGCUCCGGAACUCCACCGACCUGGAGUACUUGCACCUGAACGGCAACAAAUUGUACGACAUACCGGCCGUGCUCAACAACGUUCCGAAUUUGAAAACGUUGGACCUGGGAUACAAUCAGAUCACGGACAUAUUCAACACGUCGUUCCCGGCCAUGAGCCAGCUGAUCGGGUUGAAAUUGUUAAAAAAUCAAAUAUCGAACGUGUCCAAGGGGGUUUUCGACAGACUUCCCGAACUGCAUCUCAUUAAUCUGGCCAAUAACAAAAUCCAAAAAAUAGAACCCGGCACGUUCGACAACAACACCAGAUUGGUGGCGGUCAGAGUCGACGGCAACUAUUUACGGGACGUGAGCGGACUGUUCUCGAAACUGUCGAAUCUCGUGUGGCUGAACAUAUCGGAAAACUUUCUGGAGUGGUUCGACUACGCGCUAGUGCCGACCGGGUUACAGUGGUUGGACAUACACGGAAAUCAGAUCACCGAACUGGGCAAUCACUACGAACUGGAAACGCAAUUGACGGGGUUCGACGCCAGCAACAACAAACUGACCGAAGUCACCGGCAGUUCGAUCCCGGACAAGGUGCAAAACCUCUACUUGUCCAACAAUCAGAUAUCGAAAAUACAGUCGUACGCGUUUUUCAAAAAACCGAAUCUCACGCAAGUGGACCUGACCGGCAACCGUCUGAAAACGCUCAACGCACAGUCACUGCGGAUAUCGACGGUGCCGGCGGGCCGGGCCAUGCCGCAGUUCUUGGUCGGCAACAAUCCGUUCGUGUGCGACUGUUCGAUGCAAUGGCUACAGACGUAUAGCGUCGAACCCGACCGGAACAAGCCCAAGCUGAUGGACUUGGAGACGGCCACGUGCGAGGUCAUAUACAACCGCGGCGAGUCCCGGGUGUUGCUGAAAGAAGCGUCCGAAGAACAGUUUCUGUGCCAAUACGACAUGGAGUGCGCGAAACGGAGCACGUGCGAUUGUUGCGAUUACGACGCGUGCGACUGCAAAAUGAUAUGUCCGACCAACUGCACGUGUUUCCACAGCGUGAGUUCCACGUCGAACGUGGUGGACUGCUCGACCGCGGGUUACGUGAACCGAGUGCCGGACAAAAUACCGAUGAACACCACCGUCCUGUACUUGGACGGCAACACGAUCAAAACGCUGAGCACGCACGCGUUUCUGGGCAGGAAAAUCUUGAAAGUGCUGUACCUGAACUCGUCCAACGUGGAACGCGUACAAAACCGGACUUUCCACGGGUUGAAGGAACUGGAAGUGCUACACCUGGACGACAACCGUAUAUCCGCGCUGUACGGCGACGAGUUCUACGGGCUGGACAAGCUCAAGGAACUCUACCUGGACCACAAUCGGAUAACGUACGUGAACAGCACGACUUUCCGAUUCCUGCAACAGCUCACCGUACUCCGGCUGGACCACAACCGGAUAGCCCAGUUCCCGGUGUGGCGUCUGUCGCCGACGCUCACGCGUCUCACGCUGGCCGAGAACCAGUGGAGCUGCGCGUGCGAUUUCGUCCAGCAGAUGAAAGAGUUCCUACAGUACGCGGCGGACGCGGUGGCGGACGCCGAACAAGUCCGAUGCCUCGACCAUUCCGGCGGGUUCAACGUGCUCGGCGAUAACGGCACCGUUUGCGGGCCCACCACGCCGUCGUCGAUGGCGGAGAAAUCGUCGGCCAACGGGUCGUCGUCCAACACGAUCGAAGGGGCGCUCAACGGCGGUAACCUCACCGCGCCUACCAGGACCGUGGUGCUCCAGAAGCCGGACAUCCAGGACUACAUACCGAUCCUGAUCGUGUCGUUUUCCGCGGUGUUUUUCAUAGUGGUGGCCGCCAUGAUGGUGUACGUUUUCCGGCACGAGAUGAAGGUCUGGUGCCAUUCGCGGUUCGGCGUCCGGAUAUUCUGCAAGAGCACCGAGUUCGAGAUGAACGAGCGGGACAAACUGUUCGACGCGUUCGUCAGCUACAGUUCCAAAGACGAGGCGUUCGUCAUCGAGGAGCUGGCGCCCAUACUGGAAAACGGCGACCCGUCGUACAAGCUUUGCCUGCACUACCGCGAGUUCCCGGCCGGCGGAUACAUAUCCGACACGAUCGUGCAGGCGGUCGAAUCGUCCAAACGCACCAUAAUGGUGCUGUCGGAGAACUUUAUCAAGUCGGAGUGGUGCCGGUUCGAGUUCAAAUCGGCGCACCACCAGGUGCUCCGGGACAAACGGAAGAGACUGAUCGUGAUACUGUUGGGCGAGGUGCCCAACAAGGACCUGGACCCGGAUAUCCGGCUCUACCUGAAGACCAACUCGUACCUGCAGUGGGGCGACAAACACUUCUGGGAGAAAUUGAAGUUCGCGCUGCCGGACGUGCCCAACAACCAGCGGCCGAAGGCGAUCAACCACAAGCACCACCAUCACCACCAUCACCAUCACAACAGAGGGGUGCACAACAACUACUCGAGACCGCUCGCCAUACACAUAUAG